AGUUUGAAAUCCCUUGCACUCUUUCAAUAACUCGUUACAGUGCAUUGACACAGACACACACAUUGAUUUUUCUCCAUUUAAAUUUCUCAAAAGAUUUGUCUGCAAGCUUAUCCUUCCUAUUAUAUGGUCUAUUUUAUAUAGGCCAUAGUUUCUCUUGACUAUCUCUAUUUUUGUGUACUUUAGUUUAUAGAUUAUGUUUUUUUUUGUCUAUAAAAUAAGGGCAGAUUUAUUUAAUUAAAUCGUUGAAUGUAGUUUUAGACUCUUCUCUCCAGGGUGAAUGCUUCUCGGAGGCAGCAGGACAGUGAUGUACCGCCCAUGUAAAGUCCUGUAAGAGCGCAGCACAAUCAUCACAAAGAUACCUUUUGAAGCCUUUACGCGUGACCUGCUCAAAUAAUGCUGCCGCGCAAAAGCAUCAUUCCCGAAGAGUUCGCGUUCUCCCCGGGGCUCGUGUCGCCGAUUCACCGCAAGCCCGUGUUCAGGGACCGCGUGAACAAAGCGCGCUUCAUCGCCAAGAGUGGCGCUUGCAACUUGUCGCACAAGAACAUCCGCGAGCAGGGCAGAUUCCUGCAGGACGUGGUCACGACUUUAGUGGAUCUCAAGUGGCGUUUCACCCUGGUGAUUUUCUCCAUGACGUUCCUGUGCAGCUGGCUGCUGUUCGCUAUGUUCUGGUGGCUGGUGGCCUUUGCGCACGGAGAUCUGGACACUAUCCGUAAAUCUGGAGUAGAGCAGUGUUUCACUAAUGUCAACUCUUUUACCUCUGCCUUCCUCUUCUCCAUCGAGGUGCAGGUGACAAUAGGAUUUGGAGGCCGUAUGAUAACAGAGCAGUGUCCCACAGCCAUCACGGUGCUCAUAUUACAGAACAUCAUAGGUCUAAUAAUUAACGCGGUCAUGCUGGGUUGCAUCUUCAUGAAGACCGCCCAAUCCCACCGGCGUGCCGAGACCCUCAUCUUCAGCCGCCAAGCUGUCAUCGCCGUGCGCAACAACCGCCUGUGCUUCAUGAUCCGGGUGGGUGAUCUGCGCAAAAGCAUGAUCAUCAACGCAGUCGUGCGCCUCCAAGUGGUCCGGAAGACCACUACGCCAGAGGGCGAAGUCAUACCCAUCCACCAGAUCGACGUCCAGACAGAAAGUGCAGUUGCUGGUAACAGCAUCUUCCUGUUGGCUCCCCUGAUCAUAUGUCACGUCAUCGAUAAGGACAGUCCUCUGUACGAUCUCUCGGCGAUGGAGCUGCAGUGUAGCGAUCUGGAGGUCAUCGUGAUCCUGGAAGGUGUGGUGGAGACCACAGGCAUCUCCACUCAGGCUCGCACCUCUUACGUGACCGAGGAGAUCCAGUGGGGUCACCGAUUCGUGCCUAUAGUGACCGAGGAAGAGGGUGUGUACUCGGUGGACUACUCAAAGUUCGGGAACACAGUCAAGGUGGCCACCCCACGCUGCAGUGCUCGUGAGCUGGACGAGAAGCCCUCCAUCCUCAUCCAGACGCUCCAGAAGAGUGAGUUGUCGCACCAGAACUCAUUGCGCAAGAGGAACUCCAUGCGCAGGAACAAUUCUAUGCGCAAGAGCAACUCCAUUCGGCGCAAUAAUUCCACCCUCGCCGUGCCCAAAGUGCAGUUCCUCACCCCUGAGGGUGGACCAAAUCUAGCAGUCACAUGACAAAUGGCCUGGUUAGUGAUUUUCACCUGUCUUUUUUUAAAACCUUGUCUUUCUCUUGAUCCUUGUCAUGCUCUUUUCUACGGUUUCCUCUAUUUUUUGAUUAUUCCCAUCCUGGGCUACUCUGGCACUCCAGAUCCAUUUUUCUGCAAAUUUUAGCUCCAACCUUAAUAAAUACACCAGAACAAGCUACUUGGCAGAC